UUUGCUAUUACUUCCAAGAUGACACAAGAGUUGCCCCAUAAAUCUAAUGAAUCAAGUUGUGGAUCACACCCACCUUGUUUUUAAUAAAGAAUUAAUGUUGUUUAUUAAACAUAACUUGUGUUCAGUACUAUCAUUCUAGCAAGGCGAUUGCCAUCAGGUGAGGGGGAAUUCCUUGUAUAUUUGGUCCCUGGAUGUGAGGUGGAGCCCUGGUGGCUCAGUGGUUAAGAGCUUGGCUGCUAACUAAAAGGUGGCCGGUUUUAAUCCAUCAGUCACUCCUUGGAAACCCUAUGCGGUAGUUCUGCUCUGUUCUAUGGGGUUGCUAUGAGUGGGAAGCGACUUGAUAGUGAUGGGUUUUUUUUAUUUUGGGAAGUGAGGUUGCCAUUUCCUUUUGUCUGACUUGUGUUUUAGGAAAGUUACUAGUUUUAGCUGCCAUUCCACUGAGUCCCCAACUCAUAAUGACCCCAUGCAUAAUUGAACAAAACGCUGCCCAGUCCUGCACCAUCCCUACGAUUAGUUGGCCUGUUAUGAUCCAUAGGGUUUUCACUGGGUGAUUAUCAUAAGUAGAUCACCAGGCUUUUCUUUCUGGUCCGUCUUAGCCUGGAAGCUCCUUUGAAACCUGUUCAGCCACAUAGCAGCAGGCAAACCUCCACUUACAGACGGAUGGUGGCUGCACGUGAGGUGCAUUGGUUGGAAAUCAAACCAGGUCUCCUGCAUGGAAGACACUCCUGUCACCAGUAUCCUUGAUCUGAUAGUAGCUUCUGUUUGUCGAUCCCACAUAAGAAAAACAGCUCUUCAGGAGGAGUUCCACAGCAGGGCAAGAGGCCACCAACACCAUGUUCUGCAGGAAGCUGAAGGAUCUCAAGAUCACAGGGGAGUGCCCUUUCUCCGUACUGACACCAGGGCAGGUUCCCAAAGAGCCAGCAGAGGAGGUAGCAGGAGGCUCAGACAGCUGCAAAGCAACUCCGCCCAUCCGUCAGGAUGUUCCUGAGAAGAAUGUACAAGGAGAUCUUCCUCAAAGAAAGACUAGUCGGAGCCGAGUCUAUCUUCACACUUUGGCAGAGAGUAUUUGCAAACUGAUUUUCCCAGAGUUUGAACAGCUGAACCUUGCACUUCAGAGAACAUUGGCAAAACAUAAAAUAAAAGAAAGCAGGAAAUCUUUGGAAAGAGAAGACUUUGAAAAAAUCAUUGCAGACCAAGCAAUUGCAGCAGGAGUUCCAGUGGAGAUCAUCAAAGAAUCUCUCGGUGAAGAACUUUUUAAAAUAUGUUAUGAGGAAGAUGAACAGAUCCUAGGUGUGGUUGGAGGAACCCUUAAAGAUUUUUUAAAUAGCUUCAGUACCCUUUUGAAACAGAGCAGCCAUUGUCAAGAAGCAGAAAAGAGAGGCCUGUUUGAUGACGCCUCCAUUCUGUGCCUGGAUAAAGAUCACAAUUUCCUAAACGUUUACUAUUUCUUUCCUAAGAGAACCACGUCCCUGAUUCUUCCUGGCGUUAUUAAAGCAGCUGCUCACAUAUUGUAUGAAACCGAAGUGGAAGUGUCCUUGAUGCCACGCUGCCUCCGUAAUGACUGCAGUGAGUUUGUCAACCAGCCCUACUUGUUAUACUCGGUUCAUGUCAAAAGCACCAAGCCAUCCUUGUCCCCAGGCAAACCCCCAUCCUCUCUGGUGAUUCCAGCAUCACUCUUCUGUAAGACAUUUCCGUUCCAUUUCAUGUUUGACAAAGAUAUGAUGAUUCUACAAUUUGGCAAUGGUAUUAGAAGGCUGAUGAGCCGGAGAGAUUUUCAAGGAAAGCCUAAUUUUGAAGAGUACUUUGAAAUUCUUACACCAAAAAUCAACCAAACUUUUAGCGGGAUCAUGACUAUGUUGAAUAUGCAGUUUGUUAUACGAGUGAGAAGAUGGGACAACUCCGUGAAAAAAUCCUCUAGGGUUAUGGACCUUAAAGGCCAAAUGAUCUACAUUGUGGAAUCCAGUGCGAUCUUGUUCUUGGGGUCACCCUGUGUGGACAGAUUAGAAGAUUUCACAGGACGAGGGCUCUACCUUUCAGACAUUCCAAUUCAUAACGCACUGAGGGAUGUGGUCCUGAUAGGUGAACAAGCCCGAGCUCAAGAUGGCCUGAAGAAGAGGCUGGGGAAGCUCAAGGCUACCCUUGAGCAAGCCCACCAAGCCCUGGAGGAAGAGAAGAAGAAGACGGUAGAUCUUCUGUGCUCUAUAUUUCCCAGCGAAGUUGCUCAACAGCUAUGGCAAGGACAAGUUGUGCAAGCCAAGAAGUUCAAUAAUGUCACCAUGCUUUUCUCAGACAUUGUUGGAUUCACUGCCAUCUGCUCCCAGUGCUCGCCCCUGCAGGUCAUCACCAUGCUCAACGCACUCUAUACCCGCUUUGACCAGCAGUGUGGAGAGCUGGACGUCUACAAGGUGGAGACCAUAGGCGAUGCAUAUUGUGUAGCUGGAGGAUUACACAAAGAAAGUGAUACUCAUGCUGUUCAGAUAGCACUGAUGGCCCUGAAGAUGAUGGAGCUCUCUGAUGAGGUCAUGUCUCCCCAUGGAGAACCUAUCAAGAUGCGAAUUGGACUGCACUCUGGAUCGGUUUUUGCCGGGGUUGUUGGAGUUAAAAUGCCCCGCUACUGUCUCUUUGGAAACAAUGUCACCCUGGCUAACAAAUUUGAGUCCUGCAGUAUCCCACGGAAAAUCAAUGUCAGUCCAACCACUUACAGGUUACUCAAAGACUGUCCUGGUUUUGUGUUUACCCCUCGAUCGAGAGAGGAGCUUCCACCAAACUUCCCCAGUGAAAUUCCUGGAAUCUGUCAUUUUCUUGAUGCUUAUCUACAAGGAACAAAUUCAAAGCCAUGGUUCCAAAAGAAAGAUAAUGAAGAUGGCAAUGCCAAUUUUUUAGGCAAAGCGUCAGGAAUAGAUUAGCAAAAUGUAUACCUGAUUAUAAGUCUUUGGGGUUUGACUCUUUUUGAGUAUGUCUGGAACCUCAGAAAGCACUUUAAGAUUGCAAAUGGCUAAAGAUCAGUAUUAAAAUAUCAGUAGCGUAAGUCAAGAUCUACUUUUUCUCCCACUUAACAUGACAAAAAUGUUCACUUCAGUAUCUCAGCUCUACUGUUAGAAAAAAAAAAGCCUCAACGAGUGAUUUUUUAGGCAGUUUCUGUUCUGUAACGAUCACUACCUGUAGUCACAGUUGAACACGUUGUACAUACACCUGGUCGUUGUAGUGAACUGUACGAAGUGAUGGAGUUGCCUGCAGUCUUGUGCCCUGGUGGAGUGCCGUGGUUAUUAAAGCGUGUUUGUGAUAGUGUUGCCUUAACAAAGUUUCUUGAAUAGAAAUUAGUCUUUGAUACAGUAAGUUCUUCCAACCGUGCAUUUUAUUAUCACAUUUUCUCAUUGUAACUGUUAGCACAUAUAACAAAGUAGACUGAGUUUUUUUCUCUCUUUUCUUUUUACUUUCAUUUUUCCUUUUAGAAAAUAAGCCAAUAUGGGUUAGAUGCAAUAUAAAUGUAAGUCUUCUGUAAAUAUCAGUGAUUAUUUUUAGUUCUGGAAGUUAAAAAUAUUCUCCAUAACAUAAUGUGUCAACAAUAAAUAUUUCCUUUGUUUAACAUUUAUUACUUUUUUUUUUUAUUUUAUAGAUGGUAAAGGCUAUUUUAAGGAGCCCUGAUGGCACAGUGGUUAAGGGCUCAGGUGCUAACCAAAAGGUUGGCAGUUCAAACCCACUAGCUGCUCCAAUAGAGAAGGAUGUGGCAGUCUGCUUCAGUAAAGAUUACAGCCUUGGAAACCCUAUGGAGCAGUUCUGCUCUGUCUAUAGGGUAACUGUGAGUCAGAAUAGGACACGGAAUGUACACCCAUACAAAAAAUUCUUACCCUCAAAUUUUUGGUUCCAAAUUCUCAUCAGUAAUUUAGAAUGUAGCAGUUUAAUGACCAUUAUACAUUCCAUUCUUUUAAAUGUUAUGAGAAGGUUUACUUUAUUUUAGUAAAAUAUUUUAUUUCAGCGGAUAGUUUUCUACACUUUUGUUUGCUUUUACUGAAGUGAGGAAAACUCACAGAGACUGGAUUAGGUAUUUUUAGUUUCAGUUCAGUGGAUUAGUGUUAGAGGUUUAUGUGAGUGACCCAGACAUCAGUGAGGACAAAAAUGGGAGGUGCAGAGUAUAAAUGUGGAUGCUGUCCAGGGCCAGUGGGGAAAUACACCUAGGAAUUCCUGUUUGCAGGAGAGGCCUGAGAACAUAAUGAUAGAGAAGCAGGACUUGAAUUCUAUAAGGAGAAAGGACAAAGAAUAAAAGGGAAUUAGGAGAGGUAACAUAAAGUAGGAGCAUUGUUUGGUUUUAGUUUGGAAAAAAAAGAAAGGCUAUUUUAAUUCAUACUAGCAAUUUAAUUCCUAAUGAUUCAUUUUGAUAUCAUAGGAGCAAAGUAUUCAGGAUGAAAAAAGCUUAUUAUAAACUAUUUUAAAAUACAGUAAUACCAUUCAAAUUUAAUUUAGCCAGAAGCAACAUAGGAGGACAAUAAGCAUCCGGGAACCUCCCAAAAAAUACUUAGUAAAGGAUUCGUACCUGCAUACAUGCACGUGCACACACACAUAUGCUUAGUUUUCUAAGGCUGGCAUAACAAAACACUACAAAGUGCGUGGCUUUAAAGAAGAGACAUUUACUGUCUCACAGUUCUGGAGGCUAGAAGUCUGAAUUCAAGGCCUCAACAGGGCCAUGCUCUCCCUGUCCAUUACAGACAAAUAUCCUUUCUGUCUCUUCCAGCUUCUGGUAGUCUCAGGCAUUUGUUGACAUUCCUUGGCUUGUAGUCUGAAUUCACAUGGCAUCUUCAACCUGUGAGCACUGCUUCUGUGUCUGUUCUCUCCUUUUAUAAGAUACCACUCAGAAGGGAUCAGGAUCCACCCUAUUUUGGCAUGAUCUCCUUAACUGAUACCGUCUUCAAAGAAAGACCCUAUUUCCAAAAGAGAUCUCAUUCACAGAACAAGAAUUAGGACUUCAGUAUAUCAUUUUGUGGACAUGCUUCAAUCCAUAGCACACACUCAGCAGUUCUCUGAACCUACUUCAGCAGACAGCCUUCAUUGCCAUACCAAGUCCUAGAAAGUUCCAAUAAGAAAAUCUAAGCUCAGAUAAGGGAAAUAAGACUGCUUUGGGUUUAGUGGGUCUUUCAGAUGCUUGUGUAUCUUUCUUAGGUGUUUGUGCUAACCACUUCAGUGUGUAUAGGUAUUAACAAUCAAGUUUUGGUGGCAUUAAGUACAAAUUUGUGAAUUUUUUGUUCUCGUUGAAAUAUCUUGGUGCUUUUCUUGAGAGAUUGUUAAUAUUGAUGAAGAAAAUGAUGCAGUGAUAUCAUUAUGGAAAUUUCUGAACAUUUUUAUGGCACUUGAAUUUUACUUUUAAUGAUGUCAGUUUAAGUUCUGUGAAGAACUAAAUGCCUACAGAGUUUGGUUGGGAUAAGGAUUUGAUUUUAAAAAUAGCUCAACUUCAGAGCAAGAGCAAGGUGACCAUUGUGGUUUUUAAAUAAAUAUCAGCAGAGCCAUAGAUACAUUAAACUUGUAUUUGUAUUUCUGAGAAAUCGCUCACUUUCAAAGUUCUUUAACCGUCUCUAUUAUCCCCUAGACUAGCUCAUGGUGACUUCAGGAAUAGAAAGUCAGUAUUGACUGCCCUCUGGUAUCCCAACGGUGAUUGUUCUUGGGUGCAAUCAAGUUGUUUCUGACUCAUAGUGACACCAUGUGACAAAGUAGAGCUGCCCCAUAGUGUUUUCUAGGCUGCGGAGUAGUGGUUAAGUGCAACAGCUACUAACCAAAAGAUUGGCAGUUCAAAUCCACCAGGCACUCCUUGGAAACUCUAUGGGGCAGUUCUCCUCUGUCCCGUAGGGUUGCUGUGAGUCAGAAUUGACUCGAUGGCAAGAGGUUUGGUUUUUUUUAUUUUAAUCUUUAUGGAAGCAGAUCGUCACGUCUUUCUCCAUAGAGCCACAGGUGGUUUUGAACCACCAACCUUUCAGUUAGCAGCUGAGAGCUUAAUCAUUGUAUCACCAGGGCUCCUUACUUCAAGUAUACUAUUAUAUAUAUAUGUGUGUAUAUAUAUAUAUAUACAUAUAUAUAUAUAAAACAUUGAGUACUAUUUACAAAAUGAUACCCCAAUGCCCUGAAAAAAAUGAAUUUGUUUCAUUACAUAUCCUAUUAUUAGGGGGUACCAUAGAUCUUGGGGAAAUACAGACUCACAGUUAUAUGAAGUUAAUAGAAGUACUUACAAGAAAAAUAGAGACAAAUAUAUUUUCUUUCUGCAAUUGAAUCCUUAUUAUAGAGAAAAAUAAUAGGAAUUAAUGGAAAUCAAAAAGCAUAAAAUAAAAUGUCUUCUUUGUCAAAUAUUGAAGCAGACCCUAAUUUGAAAAUAAUCUAUGCCCUAAAAGUUUGUAAGUUAAUUAGAAUUCAAAAAGUAUUUUCUUUGUGUGUGUGUGUAUACACGGAGAGAGAACAAAUGGGGUAUAAUAUAAAUAAUCUGGGUAAGGACUAUAUGGAAGUUCCUUGUAUUAUUUCUUAAACUUUUCUAAAAUUUUGACAUUUUAUCUAAAUAAAAAGGUAUUUUUCCAGAGAAAUAAAAUCAUCCAUGAUAGGUUCCCCAGGCCAGCCUCCAAAGGUUCAUUAAUUAUGGAAUAUUCUUGUGGACCCUAAGCAAGUUGGACAUACAGCAUAUCCCUAAUACAGUGAAGUUUAAGUUCACAACUUGAAUGUUAAAAAAAAAAAAAUUAAGGAAUCCUUUUCUUAUCUACUUCUGAGGGCAAAGGCUAUGAAGACACUUUCAGAUCCGAACCACCCGUGGUACAGUGUGCAGAGACCCUGGAGGACAGGUUCUCAAGGGAAGUAAAAGACCAAAGUGGUAUAGAGUGGAAUUGAGGAAGGAGAAGAGAAUGGACAGAUAGGG